UGAUUAAAUAGAUGGUCAUAGCCAUUCCUGAUGUCUCGUCAUAGUAGUAGAUAUCUCGACAAUCGAGUCAAUGUAGCGCAAGUGCGAUUUCCAAAGUCAUACCCAAUAGCUCUUCGUUUCAUUGCCUUGAGAUCUUCUUCUUCGACAUGAAAAUUUCAAGAUGGUUUAUUUCCGCAGCAUUAACUUUUGUCGUAACGGCGAGUCCUAUUAGCUUAGAUACCACCGAUGGCACCGUGUUAGAUAGCCAGGCUACUGGCACUACUGCCAACGACUAUGUCAAUGGGGGUUGCAAGGACAUCAUUCUCUUUUAUGCCCGAGGCAGCACUCAGCCAGGCAAUAUGGGAGACCAGCCGGGUCCUCAAACCGCGGAUGGACUCAUAGCAGCUCUAGGAGCCAGCAAGGUCGCAAUCCAAGGGGUCGACUACAGUGCUAACAUUCUCUUUAAUCUAUUGCCAGGAGGCUGUGACCCAACUGAGGCCAAAACCUUCGCGACACUGCUCACGGGCGCGGCACAGAAGUGCCCAUCGUCUAAGCUCGUCGUUUCUGGGUACAGCCAAGGGGCGGCAUUGGUACACGCUGCGGUCGAGCAGCUUGCCGCCUCAGCAAGAGCACGUAUUUUCGCGGCAGUAACAUAUGGAGACACCCAGAAGAAACAAGACGGGGGCAAGAUACCUAACUAUGACGCCAAUAAGACAUUGAUCCUGUGUAACGACGGAGAUCGUGUUUGUGAAGGCACACUAGUCAUUACGAGCGCUCAUCUUGAUUAUACCCCGAAAGUCCCUACGGGCGUGAGUUUCAUUGUUAGUAAAGUUACAUGAUACAGAAAUCUCCUGAGUCAGGUCCGGCGAAGUCGGGGCAUUGCAGUCGAAAGAAAAACGGUUCUCGGCGAAUAUUAUCGAAAGGGCCAAUAUUUAGCAUAUAUGAUUCGCUCAUUUACCAAUUGAAACCGUGGGGUUUGUUCGUGAACACAAAACACAUUGAAUACUAAUGCAAGACAUCGGACGAACAGCGUCCACGUAGACUGUCGGGUAUGGAUUGAUCCUCGGUGAGAAUCGUUCAGUCUCACUCUAGAUAACCAGUGUCUCCAUAAAUCACUCCACCCAGCCCGAUUCUUGUCGAUAGAGAGGGCCAGUCACAAUCACGGACAUUAUCAUCUCAUACAGUUAGGGGGCAACGGCGUGAAACCGCUCAUCACACUUCAUUGGAGACAGUAGUCCGAUAUAGGUCGUCGUGACGACACCUUCUUCCUUACCCCGCUCCUCAGCGCUGUUAUAUCAAACAUAUGAAAUUCCUCA